AAUAACAAUCGAGAGGUUAUGUCACAACGACAUGUGUUCUGAUUAGAAUCAAUUGUUUAUUUUUCAGUGGAAGGAGUUUGUUUGUAUCUUAAAAGUGUAGAGUAGAGAAAAUUAUUAAUGAAUAAUUGGCUAAAAAGUGAUAAUAUUACCAUUUAUAAAAGUUGAAUUAAAACCAGGUUAUUUUUGUAGGAAAAUAAAUUAAUCGAUCACAUAAAUAGAUAAAUUAUUCAUCAAUUUUGUUCUAUAAAUACUCACUUAUAGAGUAAUGGAUUUUAUACAAUUUAUAUUUCUCAUUUUUUUCUACAUUCCUCUGUAUGUUGCAAUUGAUAUUGAUCCUUCCAAAACAUUAGUAUGGGGUCCUGGAUUGAAUCCACAAAAGGUUGUGAUGAGAGCUCGUUAUUUUUUUUUACAAUUAAGAGACUAUCAAGAAAGAAAUAUAACAAAGUCACCAGGAAAAAAUAUAGUUUUUGCAAGUAUUAAAGGUCGUAAUAAAAAUAAUCAAGCUUGUAGAAUUUGGGCACAGACAUUAGAUUGCGAUGAUGGUAGCUUUAUUGUUCGUUAUAGAGUGUACGAAACUUGUUAUAACUUUGAAAUGAGUGUUAGAGUAAAAGAUCUUGUUUUGACAUCAGCAUCAAAGUCAGAAAAAGGUCCAAUUUAUGAAGAAGAAUGUAAUUGUCCACAUCCAUCUCUUGAAUCAUGGAUGACCAAUUACGAAUGUCCUGAAUCAUACUCACAAAUAGAAGAAGAUUUGAAAAUUUUCCCGGAAGUAGAUUUUGAUAAAAUUCGUGCUGAUCUGAUCAAAACUUAUCAUAAGCCUCACAGCUACAGCUUCUGUCAUUAUGUGAUAAAGAAUAAUAAGAUUUACAGAAAAUGUUAUGGCCAACAUGUUGGAUUCAACAUCUUUUCGGACUCCAUUUUACUAUCCUUGUCUCGAAAAGUACACUUACCAGAUAGCGAAUUUUUUAUGAACCUAGGAGAUUGGCCUCUUGUACCAAAAAAUAAUCAAUUGUAUCCCAUUUUCUCUUGGUGUGGAUCUGAUGAUACUAAUGAUAUAGUUUUACCUACUUACGAUCUUACGGAGUCGUCAUUAGAAAAUAUGGGAAGAGUUAUGCUAGAUGUUCUAUCAGUUCAAGGGAAUAUUAAAACUCCUUGGGAAAAGAAGAUUGAAAAGGUAUUCUGGAGAGGCAGAGAUUCAAGAAGGGAACGAUUAGAUUUGAUAGAUAUUGCUAGAGAAAAUCCAGAGCUGUUCAAUGUUUCUAUAACGAAUUUCUUCUUUUUUAAAAAUGAAAUGGAAAAGUAUGGUCCUGGAGAACGUCAUAUAUCAUUUUUUGACUUCUUCAAGUAUAAAUAUCAGCUGAAUAUUGAUGGUACAGUUGCUGCAUAUCGACAGCCUUAUCUGCUAGCUGGAGAUUCUCUAGUCUUCAAACAAACUUCUAAAUAUUAUGAAUUUUUCUAUCACCACUUGAUCCCUCAUGAGCAUUACGUUCCAGUGAAUCAUAACUUGUCUGAUUUAGUUGAGAAGGUUAAAUGGGCUAAAGCGAAUGAUGACAUAGCUAGGAAAAUUGCAAAGAAUGGUCGAGAAUUGAUUCGACAGGUUGCUCUGCCUAGAGAUGUGCUUUGUUAUUAUGUUUCGUUGUUAAAAGAAUGGAGUCAGAGAAUGAUAAGUGAUAUUAAGGUAUUGGAUGGUAUGGAGCCAGUAGGUCAACCAAACCAUGUUUGUGAUUGUCAUUCUGAUGAAGUUGUUAAACCAUCUUUAUCGUCUAAAACUGAACUAUAGUUAUGAAUAUAGAAUGGGAAAAAUUAGAUUAAAUUUUUGUAUGCUGAUUUUUUAAAUAAUUUUAACAAAUUAUGUGGAGAGUAGGGGUUCAACCACUAGAUGGCCUUUGACCUAAAAUUUGUUUACAAGUAGAUUGUCCUGAUAAAAUUCAUUAAAAUGGGAGGAUAAAAGGCAAAAUUAUAGGUUUUAAUCUUGAACAUUAAUGAUUAAUGCUCUACUGAGGUCAAAGUCUACUUAUUUUUGGAGACGGGUCGAUAGAACCAUCCCGAUAAAUACCUAAUUCACAAUUGAAAGACAUAUGCUUUAAACAAUUACGAAGUCAUAACAUCCAAGAUCUUAAUUUUUUAGUACUGUUUCGCAAUUGAAUAAAAUUACUUCAAAACUGUAAAACAUUGGAACUUGAAAUUUUAGCAAUUUUCUCCCACCACAGUCUAUCAUAGAUACAACAACGAUAAUUCUAGAAUAAUUUGGAAUGAAUGAUUAUGAAAUAUGAUCGUAGCUAGCUUAAUGUCAUUCAAAAAGUUAUAAAUUUAAAUAACAGUGUAAUUAAUAAUGCAUCACACACAAGUAUCGUUUUUGAAUAGUAUUGAAAAAUAAAAACAAUCGCCUCUGAGAUUAUAAUUUAAAAUAUAAAUAAAUAAUUUAAAUAAAAUAGAUAAGAACUCCCUACAUUCAAUUAACAUCAUAUUGAGGGAAUGUCGGUGUAGAGGAAUAUAUUUAUAUGAAAUUUUUAAAUCCUUCCAGGCUUAUUACUAUAGAAAAUGAAAUUAUCAUUUCU